AUGCCCGUCGAGAUCCUGGCGAUGAUUUUGGACGAAUAUCAUCUCAUGGACCUUCCCUUGACGCUACUCAUGACGGUAUGUCGCGCCCUGAACGAGGUCAUCAAGAAUACACCCCGACUCUGGCGGCGUAUUCUGAUAUCCUUGGAUUCGAUGCCUCCGAGUCUCAAAGCGGGUAGUACCAUGGCCUGUGCGACCGAAAAGUUCCUGCAGACGUGCAUCCAGCGCGCUCACAACUCGCCGCUCGAAGCCACCUUUGUUGUGGGUCGCAUUGACGAGUCUUCUCCUACGCCAGAGUUUAGGAGGGCGAGGUUUCAUAUGCUCAUGUCACGCUCGAGUCAGAUUUCCUUCCUCUGCCUUAUCAUCAACCCCGACACUCCCCUUCACAUCAUUAAAGAUUCCUUUCAUGGCCUCUUCAACGACUCUACAGCCUUCCCGGCUUUGGAGUCUUUGAUGAUUGCCUCGGCUUUCCCCGUCCCCGGCCUCCUCGAAGUCUUCCAUCCUCUUCUCGACCAGCUCGAGCGGACGACGGUCAAGCUCCGAUCCGUCUACUUCGAGAAUGUGACCCGCGAAUUCAUCCUAGCUGCCAGAGAGUACAGGUUUUGGCGUAAGUUGCGCAGGGUCACGAUCAAGGGCGAGUAUUCGCCUAUUCACGUCACGGCAUUCGAGGGGUGUGACGAUCUGGAAUUCUUAUCUAUAUCAAGCGAGCUUCUUGUGCAUCCCUCGUGCGCCUUGAACCCGCCUCUUCGUGGGGGCCCACUGGGGAUCCCCGAAUUUAGUGAAAUGGAAGUUGACGCGGGAUCAAAAUGCGAAAGUCAAUACCUGCCUGUACAUCCCGAGCCCAAGGUUCCCUUGACAGUCCCCGACUCUAGUAAAAUGGAAGUUGACGCGGGAUCGGGAUACGAAGGUCAAUACCUGCCUGUACAUCCUGAGCGCAAGGUUCCCUUGACAAAGGUUCAGUGGCUCCGUGUUGGGGCCAUCGCAAUGUCUGGCCUUCAGGAACUACAAAUUCCCAACGUCAAGUUCCUCGUGAUUCAGUCGGCACUUCCGGACAGCGCACGUCAGGAGCCUGUCCCAGCACAUUCCAUUCGCCUCCCAAACCUCCAGGUAUUCCACGUCGCAGCCUCUCAUUCCGAGAUCACCGCCAUUUCCGCACCCGAACUCCAUACGCUAUGUCUCCAGGUCUCUGUGCUCAAGCGUGCUGACGCCGACCGGGUUGUGUCGAGCAUCUUCCACGGCGGCGAGGGCAUGUGGACACCCAAAACUCUCAGCAUCAAUGCACCUAUUCACGAUAAGCACUACGAGACACUUUAUAGGCGUCUUCCCGACCUAGAGACCUUGACGGUUACACUCGCCGAUAAACCAAGCGAGACGUUUUACAAGACGCUCAAGAAGCGUGGUAUACUGCCUCACCUCCUUCGCUUGACACUCGAUUUCUACGCACUUCCGACACCCACUUCAGCAAACGGAGCCUCGACCUCGACUCCUCAGAUGCGUACCGUGAGGUAUGGGCCCCUUACUGAAGGCGAGCUCGCGUUGUCUGGAUCAUACAAACUUUGGCGAGGCGGGGGAGGCGCCAUGUCGACCCUGCUGGGUGGAAAGUCGGCUCCUCAUCCACUCUCUGAGCAAGUUCGUCCGGCAAUGCGCGAGGUUGCGCGUGUGAGAUCGAAUCAACGUCUCGAAUUCGCCCUCCUUGCCUGCAAGUAUGGUGCUGAACACCUUGAGGAGAUCUACGCCGAGAAGAAUAUUUGCAAUACAUGCCGAAAAAGCGCAUAUUUGAACGGUACGGUCGGGCCGACGAGUAAGCACCCGAACGGUGCGCAUACAAAUACCAAAAUGGACGCCAGAGGAGCAACCCACGCCAAUGGGAAUGAUCACUCUGCAACGGCUAGCUAA